ACACGCCAUCAUGUCUUCCUUUUCCUCUAUGAGGAGACCCUCACCUUUCACCCAACAGUUUUCAAUCCAACAGCUCCGUAUCCGCUACUCUUCAACUUCUUCUUCUUCUUCUUCUUCUGCGGCGUCGUUUCUGAACACAACGAACCCGGUUUCCAGGUUCAGUUGGAAGUGGUUUUCGGCCAUUGUGGCUGGCACGAGUCUAGGGUUUCUUCUGUACACCUUCGCUACACCCAAUUCCAAGUUUGACUCAGCUCUUUUGAAAACCUCACUAUCUUCUCUCAUUGACUGGUCCUCGGACGAAAUCCGACGUCGUUUUUCUCCCUCCUUCUUUGAAAAGUUAUCCCUUCCCGAAAGUACUGGUACCUUGCUUUUUGGAGAUGCGUACAGGAGAAAGGUUUUCUUCAACUAUGAGAAGCGCAUACGGUUGCGAAGUUCUCCGGAAAAGGUUUUUGAAUACUUUGCAUCUUACAUUUCACCGGAAGGAGAGCUACUCAUGAAACCAGCAGACCUAAUGCGGGCUGUGGUUCCUGUUUUCCCUCCAUCAGAAUCCCACCUUGUUAGAGAUGGAUGCUUGAGAGGAGAAAGAAGUCCUGGCCAUUUACUCUGUGCUCCUUCAGAAUUUUUUAUGCUUUUUGACAUAAACAGUGACGGGCUUAUAUCAUUUAAAGAGUAUAUCUUUUUCGUAACACUACUCAGCAUCCCAGAGUCAGGGUUUUCUGUGGCAUUUAAAAUGUUUGAUGUGGACAAUAAUGGAGAGAUAAGUAAAGAAGAAUUCAAGAAAGUGAUGGCAUUGAUGCGAUCUCAUCAUCGACAAGGUGUUCACCAUAGGGAUGGACUGCGAAUUGGCCUAAAGGUGAAUGAUUCUGUGGAAAAUGGAGGGCUGGUGGAAUACUUUUUUGGUAAAGAUGGAAAGGGAUGCCUCCAGCAUGAUAAAUUUGUAAAUUUUUUGAGAGAAUUGCAUGAUGAAAUUGUGAGACUGGAGUUUGCUCAUUAUGACUAUAAGUCUCAAAAAACCAUACCAGCCAAGGACUUCGCACUCUCCAUUGUUGCUUCUGCCAACAUGAGUGAUCUAGGCAGGUUGCUUGAUCGGGUUGAUGAAUUGAACGAUGAUCCACGCUUUAAGGAUGUUCGCAUCACAUUUGAGGACUUCAAAAACUUGGCAGAGCUACGGAAAAAGUUAUUACCGUUUUCAUUGGCCCUUAUCGGUUAUGGAAAAGUAAAUGGCCUGUUAACGAGAGAUGAUUUUCAGCGAGCAGCGUCACAUGUGUGUGGCAUAUCUCUCUCGGACAAUGUGGUUGAGAUUGUUUUCCAUUUGUUUGACACAAAUCGGGAUGGAAACCUAAGUUCAGAUGAGUUUGUCAGAGUGCUACACAAGCGAGAAAGGGACAUUGUACAACCUGUAGAGACUGGAAUCAUGGGUUUCUUGUCUUGCUGCUGGAACUGAUGUUUUCCUGAUUCGGAAAAGUUACCUUCUCAACCAUUUUAAAAACAGAAAUGAGACGGUGAACAGGAGCCGUUGAUGGGAAGGGGAAAAUGAAAGAGAGGUAAAGGAAAAGAAAAAGGAAGGGUGGUGAUUGUUGGUCGUGGAGGUUUUUGUAAAUAUUAUUUCUUUGUAUCAAAACACAGCUCUUCCUGAUAUCACUUUAGUUUGCGGUAGCUUAAAAAAGAUGGGCACGGAUGUAAUCCAUUUUUUGAUAGCUUAGAAAUAUCAAACAAUAUGUUCACUGAGGUGGUGUUCUGGUUUUGGGCUUUGACUUCUGAUACCAGCUACUAUUUUGCCAUGUAAAUAGUGACCGUACAGCAGCUUUGUAAACCAGUACUCUGCACUCAUUCUCUUUAAUGAAAUUUGUUUUU